AUGGACUUUCCACCUUCCCCCCCCCUCUACAAGUGGCUGGCUCCGUAUAUAUGGUUCCCUUGUAUCGCCUCCACGAUAUCUAUCGAAUAUUCCACCGCUAAUAUGGCCACCCAGUACUACUGCUCCUUUGACAAGGCCACGCCGAUCCUGCGUGUCCCUACCACGCCAUCCUUAUACCACAUACGCCAACAAGAAACACCAGAGAAGCCAUCCUCUUUAAAGUUUGUCAAAUCUCACAUGGGGAAUCGCAACGGUCCAUUGUCGCCAUUCUCGGACACCUUCUACAGGUGCAACGACAUGUGGGAGUUUGACAACGUUGGCGUUUCCAAACCAACCGAGGAUUCCGAGUUUAUCCGCUUGUCCCAAGGUGAACAAGGGGCGGUCAACCAAUACCAAAUUGUUCGGUAUUUGGUCUGUGGCGACUGUGAACGUGGUGCCCUUGGAUUCGCAGGUAUCCCCACUGCAGAUGGUGCCAUUAAGGAUUUGCAGAGGAUACAUCCAAAUGAUUUGGUCUAUUUCUUCUACUUAUAG